AUGGAAACCUCAACGACUAGUAAUCCAAAUGUUUCGAAUUACCCUCGCAUAAUGAUCGGUCUUAGUCGCGGUCAGGAAGAGCCCGACGCAUCUUUGGUUGCUGCUGAAGCUCGUGAAUUAGGCUACGACUUUAUAAUUCUUCCUAUCACCUUUCCUAAUUAUAGGCGUUUCUUGUUCGAACAGCUUGUAGAUAGUGUUGAUAUUAAGGAAACGAAACUUAUGGAAGAAUGGAGGAAAGGACAGCCGUUUUGUAGAGAAGAUUUAGUGGUGAAAAAUGCAGGCCAAAUUUCAAACUGGAUUAAUUUAGAUUCAUCGGAUCAUAAUAUAAGAAUAAACUCAGAAGUGAUUCUGCGACAACAAUUAACAUGGAUCGGACAUAUAGGAAUUACUGCUGCAUUGAUACCGUUUCCUUCUGAUUCUUUCAUAAAUUACGCGAGAUGCAUUAAUUCUAUUUUUGGGACAGUUCCAUACAUCAACAUGUGGAUUAAGAUUCCCUUGGUCCUUGAAGAUGAGACAUUGGGAUCGAAAGAGACAAUAACAUGGGAGCGAUGGAACAAAUUUAGAACUCUUUGUGAUAAUCACGUCAGGUUAUCAAUAGUUUUAGAAGUGACCCAAAAUCUUCCUGAAGAUAAUAUACUUGAUCGAUGGUUUGCUGAACCAAUCAAAGCUAUCUUCUUGCCAACAACGAUUUUUUUGUCUAAUGCUAAAGGAUUUCCUGUGUUAAGCAAAAGGCAUCAGACUUUUGUUCGUAAACUAAUUAAAUAUAAACCUCAUUUUGUCAUUGAAUGUGCGGCAGAUGGUCCUAACCACGCAAGCGGUGGGCUUUCUGCAUAUCAAGAAUAUGUGCAUCACUUACAUCGCACAAUGCCUGAGUUGACUCCGGUUGAACAAUUUGCGUUAGGAUAUCAUGAUUUUCUGCAAUCUCCUUUACAGCCGUUGAUGGACAAUUUAGAGUCAUCUACUUACGAAGUUUUCGAAAAAGAUUCCACAAAAUAUGUAUUAUACGAGAAGGCAAUACAUCAUGCCCUUCUGGAUCAUAAUACCGGAUCAGAGGAAAUGAUCUUAGAAGCGGCAGAGAAAGCACAAAAACGGGUUAGGGUAUAUGCCAUUGAAAAGAAUCCUAGCGCUUUUGUCACUUUACAGAAUAAGAAAACAGAAAUAUGGGGAGAUAAAGUAACAAUCGUGUUUUCUGAUAUGCGAUUAUGGAAAGCUCCAGAAAAAGCUGAUAUACUAGUUAGCGAGCUUCUAGGUUCAUUUGGUGAUAACGAAUUGUCACCUGAAUGUUUAGAUGGUGCACAAAAAUUUUUGAAAGCUGAUGGUAUAUCAAUACCUGCUUCUUACACCGCCUUUAUUUCACCGAUUUCAUCAUCAAAACUUCACAAUGAGGUUGCAGCAUAUAAAGAUCUAGCUCAUUUUGAGACUCCGUAUGUUGUUAUGUUUCAAUCUGCUUGUGAAUUGGCCAAGCCAUGUCAGAUUUGGAGUUUUGAACACCCGAAUAGAAACAUUGCGGUUGACGAGGAUGUGACCUUUAACGUAAGAGAAUCCGGAAUACUACAUGGUAUUGCUGGAUAUUUUGAAUCGAUAUUAUACAAGGAUAUCAUGCUGAGCAUUCAUCCAGAUACACAUUCUAUUGAUAUGCUUAGCUGGUUUCCUAUUUUCUUCCCGUUAAAGAUACCAAUUUAUCUACCUUCCAAUACGAAGCUUGACAUAAAUUUUUGGAGAUUAACAAAUUCCCAUAAAGUAUGGUACGAGUGGUGCGUUGAUCCUUCUCUUCCAUUAGGUUAUGAGACAGUUUCGUUUGGUCCGUCAGCAAUACAUAAUUCAUUAGGAAGGUCAAGUUGGAUAGGUUUAUAA